UAUAAAAAUUAAAAAUGGGAUAAGAAUGUCAGAAAUGCAAAGGUUUUUCAGGAUAGGAGGAAUUUGACAUAAAGAACAUGAAUGAAGAUUUAGGAGAUGAGAGUCCUGAUAUAGAUUAAUCAUUUUUAGAUGAAGAGGAUGAAUUUAAAAAACAUAGUAUAGAAAGAAAUUAAUAAGUAAGAUAGGCCACCUUCUUUAGAGAAUUUUAAGAAAAGAAGAAUGUUUGGGAAAGAAGAGUUUUAUGAUUAAAAGGAUGGGAAACAAUCAGGAACAAUAGAGAAUAGGGAAAUAGCUUUAACAGAAGAGCAAAGGGGAGAUGAGAUGAUUUUAUAAGAUGGAUCAAGAUAUUAGGGUUAAGUAUUAGAUGGUAGAGCAAAUGGGAAGGGAAAGUUAUGGUUGAAUAAUGGUGAUAUUUAUGAAGGAGAAAUGAUGGAUAACAUGAUUUAAGGGAAUGGUGUUUAUUAUUAUAAUAGAGGGCCUAUAUAUAAUGGAUAGUUUUUGAAUGGGAAAGCAAAUGGUAUAGGUAAGGAGAUGUGGCCAGAUGGAUCAGUUUAUGAAGGAUAGUUUAAAAAUGGUAAAAAAGAAGGAUAAGGUUUAUAUAAGUGGAGUUAAGGAUGUAUGUAUGAUGGAGAAUGGUUGGAGAAUAUGAUUAAUGGUUAAGGUAGAUAUGAAUGGUCAGAUGGUAGGGUAAUUUUAUAUAUAUAUCUAUAGUAUUAUAAAGGAUAUUGGAAUAAGAAUCAAAUGCAUGGGAGAGGAAAAUAUCAAUGGAAAGAUGGGAAGUAUUAUGAUGGGGAAUAUGAGUUUGAUAAGAAAUGUGGGUUUGGAAUUUUUGUAUGGGCAGAUGGUAAAUAAUAUUAAGGUUAUUGGUAUGAUGGUAAAUAACAUGGGAAAGGUUUAAUGAUUAAUAAAGAAGGGAAGAAAAAGUUUGGAGAAUGGAUGAAUGGAAAAUUAAUUAGUUGUAGUGAUGAGACUAAUAUAGAGAUUAUACCUUAAGGUUGGAUAGAUAAGGUUUGAUUCUUUUGUUUAUAAAAUGC